AGUCCCGAUACACACUCCAUUCCAGUUGGUGGCGCUAAUGCACCAAAAUGUUGAUUGCCAACCGCCAUAAAACUUUACAAAGAAGAAGAAAAAGACGACGUCAUCUCCGAGCGACGAUCGAGUCCUCAGCUUUCACCAUGGCCGAAGCUGAAUCAAAAAAAGUGAUCAAGUUAGUUCCUGAGUAUCUCCUGAAAAAGAGGAAAGCAUACCAGGCCAUUAAAGCCACACAAGCAAAGCUUGCACUGCUUGAGAAGAGAAAGAUAUCAAAAGGUAAACCAUUAAAGUUCAAGCGUUUGGAAGACCUCUUGAAAGACAGCCACAAGAAGCACCGUGAUGAAACUCGCAUCCAGAGAGCUGAGCACAGGCCACCUGCCCCUCUGCCUCCUGCUAAGAACAGGCUAGCCUUCGCCGUCCGAAUCAGAGAAAUUAAAGGUGUCAGUCCCAAAGUGAUGAAGGUGGUCCAGAUGUUGAGGCUGAGGAUGAUCUUCAGUGGGGCCUUUGUCAAAAUCAACAAGACCUCUGUAGCCAUGAUGAAGAUGGUGGAGCCCUACGUGGCCUGGGGAUUUCCCAACUUGAAGUCUGUUCGUGAGCUCAUUCUGAAGAGAGGACAGACCAGGAUAGGCAGGAGGAGAGUUCCACUCACAGACAAUGCCUUCAUUGAGCAGCAUAUGGGUAAACACGGCAUCAUCUGUUUGGAGGACAUGAUUCACGAGAUCUACUCGGUUGGUAAGGGCUUUCGGGCUGCCAACAACUUCCUGUUGCCUUUCAAGUUGUCAGUGGCUCGUCACGCUGCCAGGGAUAAGGCUGGGCUCCUGAAGGACCUGGGAAACCCUGGAUUUCGUGGUACAGACAUUAACUCUAUCAUCAGACAACUGAACUGAGGAGAAACGCAUACAAGAUGGACACUCAGCAGCAAUUUCAAGGAUGCUUUAUUUCUUGAGUAACAACUGCCAACGCUGACAAAAUGUGUAAUUAUGUUUCUUUGGCAGUGAAGCUCAUGGGUUUCCCCCAAAGUCACUUCUAAUAUCCAUUCAUCUGUACACCCAUUCUCUGGUAACCGUUGCAGCGCUGGGAGCCAUCAGGAGGACCUAAAGUGGAGUUUCUUGGCUUAUCCGUGUUGCUUUUUGUUUUGCACUCAUGUUUGAAAAACAAUAUCAUGCAGUGCUCCUGACCACAGACUGAUGGCAGUUGUGCCCUUUGGUGAAAAUGUGUAACAAUAUUUUGAAUCACUUGUGAAAUGUAAAAUAUCAUCUGUUAAAGGUGCUUAGUGGCUACACAUAAUGUUCCUCAAGUGUUCAGAGGAAUGGAUCACUACUGGCUACAAGGACAGUUUGAAUAAUUAGGAUGGCUUGUCCUGCCUGCAGAAGUCAUCAGCCACCUACAGCAAAUUAAUUCACUGCAUUCAGUAGUUUUCAGUGUGAAAAGGUGUGAAGUCUGAAAAUCAGUUUAAUACUGAUUUAAUUCAUUCAUUGAUGUAUGCUUCACUGUUGAUACUUUUUUUUUUUUUUUUUUACAAUAAAAAAAUGAUUGAGUA